AUGCAGCUCAAAACCGUCCUGUCAACCGCCGCAAUCUUGGCCUAUCAUGCCAGCGGUGUAGUGGCAAUAAGAGACUGCCGCCUGUAUUAUUGCUGGGGGCCGGGUUCGGAUAAUCGACGAGUUGUGGGAACGGUUGACAAGGGCGGCAGUUUGAAGGACUAUGUCAACGGAGAGACAAUCACUGUGAAAGCUGGGAAGGACUGCAAAGCGGAGAUAAUAGGUGGAAAGACUUGUGACAUGAUGCCCAGCUUUUCCUGGUGUCUUGUAAACGCCUCCCAUGCAACGAGCCCGACACGCGGGGCUCGAGAACUUCCUGAUUGGGGCUCCAACUGGACCACGGGAACGCAGCCGCCGCUCCGGGACAUGAGCGCCCAAGAUUCUCAAACAGCACUCACUAGGGUCAUGUACGCCAACUGCUACAAGUUUCCGGGUGUCGCCAAGGCGAUGCAGAUACUCAAGUCCGAGACUGCCCAUGACGCCGCCGAGGCCGGCGUUGCCGACUUCAACAAAGACUAG